AUGGCAGUCCACGGCAAGGGCCCUGUCCUUAUUGGAGUACUUUGGUUGGAAAUCUUCCUGUGCCUGAUUGUUCUUGGAUUGCGACUCUAUACCCGUACAGUCCUUCGUAAAAUUGCUGGAAUUGACGAUCUAUUGCUCAUUAUCACCUGGUUCCUGAUGGUUAUAUUUGUAUCUCUUUGUACUGCAUCGGCCACAUAUGGAAUGGGAGUUCACGCUUGGUAUCUGACCGAGAGCCAGAAGGCUCACGGAAUGCUACUACUUCUUUGUGGCCAGAGUGUUAUUUCAAUGGCAAUGGGACUCAGUAAAUCCGCUGUUUCGCUGUUCCUGCUGCGAAUUGUGAUCCAGAGAUGGCAAAGGAUUUUCCUUUGGUUUUGGAUCAUCACUAUAAUGUUCUUGAGUAUCUUCCUUUCAAUCACUGUUUUUGCUCAGUGUACACCUACGCGCUCGAUAUGGGAUCCUCGAGUUCAGUCAAAUGGCUGUGUCUUGAAUUUGACAAAUAUUGCAACUGUUUUAUGUGUCUGGUCCGCAUUAAUGGAUUUCGUUCUUGCUAUAUUUCCCUGGGUUGCCCUUUGGAAGAUCAAUAUGAAGCCCAAAGAAAAGAUCUCGAUCUGCACAUCAUUGAGUCUCGGUAUAUUUGCCGGCAUUUGUGGCAUUAUCCGGACGUCGAGUCUAUACGUGCUGAGCGAGUCUGAUGACUACCUUUAUGCAACAACUGACUCAGUCAUGUGGACGAACUCCGAGCUAACCACAACCAUUAUUUGUAUCAGUAUACCAGCUUUACGGCCGCUGUUUCGCUCCAUUCGCGGAAUGAAAUCAAACGAGGAUGCCUCUAACUACAAUAAUAUGGAUCAAUCAUUCAAAAGUGCCCCUGGAGGUCGAUCUGGAUAUGUCAUGGGCUCUAUGGCCAGAGUAAUAACAGGAAAAGACUUGGAACAACAAGAUGAUAUGUUUGAUGAGGAAUCUGGAGAUGCCGACACAAAUCACAUCUUGCAAGAUAAUCGCCAUCAGUCACAGCUUAUCACCAAAAUGACAGAGUUGACGGUCUCCUAUGAAAAUAGAAGUACCCGUGGAAGUGAGAUAUCCCCAAGUGAUGAAUUUGAACCUGUCUCAACACGACAAAAUAUUUGA